UCCGACAAAGAUCAGUCUGGUAAUGACAUCCGACGCGAGUAGACGCGACUUUCCGGGAGUUUCGAUGGACUGCUGCUAGCAAACUGCAAACUUGUAGAACGAACGAAUCGUUCCGUGUACCAUUGUGUUGAAAUUGUGUUUUCUGAUCGUUGUUCGCCAUAAGAAGCAUAAAACUGUGAGGAAGAAGUGAUUUGUGUGUAAAACUAAGAGGUGCCAAACAACAACAACAACAAGCGAAUUCCGUUCGAAAGUGAAAUUCAUUGCUCGGUUGCACGGAUUUUUGCCGCUCGAAGGGUUGAUUGUUUUCGUGUGGAAUUCUGUUCCAGCUGGAAGUGUGAGCCAUGCAGUGGAUUAAAAUUCUUUGCAUAACUGUUCUGCUGCUGGUCUUCGCAUCGGCGAACUCGGAUUCCGUCGAUAGCAGCUUCAGCGACGACUCGCACAGCAAUGACUCAGACCUGAAGCGGAUACGAAUAGAUCCUGUGCUACGAAAGGCAUUACUUCGCGCACUACGACAUUUGAAAGAGCGCCAGGAAGAAGAGGAGAGUGAACAACAGAAUGACUCGAAUACAACUGAAGAGAAUUUUGCCACCACAAUUCUCGAUGAGAUCCUAGAGGAGAGCGUGAGCCCCGAACGGAAUACAAAGAUUAGAUAUCACAGCUACGCAGCGGAGACCGAUGGGGACAAGGGUGAUAAUGAAAUUAUCAAAACUAUAAUCAUUAGUAAGCCAAGAACUACUCUAGUUCCACCGAAACAGGACUUCCUGCAGGGCAGUGUUCCCGACCCUGUCAAGGAGCGAGAAAACUUCGUAGAUUCCAAUCAAGUGACACGCAGUGUAGCUUCCGGGUCUAACAACAAUCUUGAAGAGAGUAAAGAUGAAAAGAAACCAGCCGGAGAUAAAAAUAUUGCAAUUAUCACUCCUGAACCGGACACCACGGCCACGACUCAGGCAACAUCUACGGAAGGUGUCACUACCCCAAGCACGACUACCACGGAAGCUCCGACUCAUAACGCCGAUGGAGAAAAUAUAGAGAAGGUGAAAAGCGAAGAUGUCAAAAUUUACCAAGCCCCGCUGGUUGCUGCAUUCACCGUUCAGCAGGACCAGCAAGGCAUCCCACGAAAUGUUAUUCCACUGAUACAAUCGCCACCGAAAAAGAACACAGCUGAGUUCAAAACGCCUACACCACUCUCCACAAUACCCGUUGUUCAGUCUCCUCCAGUUGUCACUCAAACUCAGCCGACGACUGUGAUUAAUACCGUGGCGCAGCUCAACACACGAGCACUCGAAGAAAAAAAUCGCCUUCUAGAACAACAGUUAAUCACUCUCCAAACCCAACAGCGUAUCCAAGAACAAUUGCUCCGAUCGAAGAUCAUUCAGGAACAGCAACUGAUCCUACAGCAACAGCAGCAGCUUCAACAGCAACGGUUCCGUCUGGAGGAGGAAACCCAACUAAGGUUGCAGAAAUUCGAAGAAGAACAGCGUUUCUUCCGUCAGCAGCAACAACAGCUACAGCAACAGCAGUUCAAGGUGCAACAACAGCAACAGCAACAGCACCAACAGCUCUUCAAAUCACAUCCCGUACAACAGCCACAACCAAUCAUUCAGCAGUCUCAACAACUCCAGCAGCCACCACAAUUCGUUCAAGAGCUCCCGCGCAAUACUCCCGCAGUUCAAUUCAUCCCAAGUGUCUCGCUACCCGGCAAAGCGACCCCAAUUUCGGUGGAACAGCAGCUUCCGUUCAAGGAACCCGUAGAAUUCCAACCGUUUGUGCUUCGAAACUCAUUCUUCGAACAGGUCAAAUCGAUCAGUCCGCCCGCUCAGUCCCAGUUUCCCAUUAUUCCACCAUCCCCGCCACAACUAUCCAAACAACAGCUUCUCCCCCUGAAAUCUUUCCAACCGUUCACAGUAAAUCCCUUCCCAGCUCCACCGGUGAUUCCAUCCCAGUUACCUCUGGACCAGCAGCUUCCUCUUGUUCAGAGAAAUCGUGUCUUCCGUCACGAAACCGGUACUGGCAACUUUGGCCUGAACUUACCACAAACACAAGCCCUACCCGAACCACAAACCAACGUCGCAUUCCGUGCUUCCCAGCCAAUCCCAAUCUUCCCGCAGAACGGAGGCUUCACGCCUCUACGUAACGACAACCAACUGCAAAACUUGCUGGUUCAAUCCGGUAUUACGUCUCGCUCGGCGGAAGAUUUCAACAUUAUCACCAAGGUGUUAGCUCUGAACCAUGGCAUCCCGCAGUCAUCCAGCCAGCAGAUGUUCGCUAAGCUCAGCCCUGAACAGCAGCAACAGUUGCUGUUCAGGAAAAAGUGAACAUCCAUCUUCCGCUCGCCAAGUUCUUAUUCAUCUUAUUUCUUUCUAACCUCCGAACACGGUUGCGUACGUCAAGAGAUAGAAUGUGUGUGUAACCAGGAAUGUCUGUUUCGGAGUGAAUGGUUUAGGAUGAAAGAGCCGCUAGUAACCUAGUCUGCCAUAUUUAUUGAGUGUGAGUUAGCGAGUAUUCACAGCACACACACACAUACACAUGCCUACAUUCUGUAUUUUUUUUACUACUGCAACAAACCUCCUCAUCGACUCAGCAAGCGGCGAUGCAAAGAGAUAUUCAUUCUUUUUGUUUUACGAGUAACUUUCGUGUAGGACAAAGAUAUAGUAAAUUAUUUUCUUCACUAGACAUAAGCAGCGGUCAGUUUGAGAAGGCGGAAGUAACAAAACAACAAAGCAUACCCCGUAACGUUACGCAUGGUUUUUCCCCGUCCCAAGCGCCACUAAUAACUCCCAGUGCGAAUAGUUAGUCGGAUAAGAUUGAACCCUUGUUUGCAACCGAGGGUCACAAAGUGUACUAAUUUAUCGGAAAUAAAU